GUAGGAAGUGGAUUCCCGAAAGGAGGAAGAAAAAAAACAAAAAAACCACACGGAACACAAACAAGCCGGGAUUUUAAAGAAGCAGCAGACGCCAUCGAACCGGAGCUCACUUUCCUCCCACUUUUGCCGGCCCUGAAGCGCCGCCAUGUCCAACAUGGAGAAGCAUCUUUUUAACUUGAAGUUUGCUGCCAAAGAACUUAACAGAAAUGCCAAAAAGUGUGAUAAAGAAGAAAAGGUUGAAAAAGCCAAAAUUAAAAAGGCAAUUCAGAAAGGCAAUACUGAAGUGGCAAGAAUACAUGCAGAAAAUGCAAUCCGGCAGAAGAAUCAAGCCAUCAACUUCUUGCGGAUGAGUGCCCGGGUUGAUGCUGUAGCGGCAAGAGUUCAAACAGCAGUAACAAUGGGCAAGGUAACAAAGUCAAUGGCUGGAGUAGUUAAAUCGAUGGAUGCUACAUUGAAAAGUAUGAACUUGGAAAAGAUAUCUGCCUUGAUGGACAAAUUUGAGCAGCAGUUUGAAACCUUAGAUGUUCAGACGGCACAGAUGGAAGACACAAUGAGUAAUACCACUACACUAACAACACCACAAAACCAGGUGGACCUCCUUCUGCAGGAAAUGGCAGAUGAAGCUGGCCUUGACCUGAAUAUGGAACUACCUCAGGGACAGACAGGCUCUGUUGGCACAAGUGUUGCUUCAGCAGAACAGGAUGAACUCUCACAAAGACUGGCGCGCCUUCGUGAUCAAGUGUAACAGGAAGAGUUGGAUCUGCUAUCUUCUGCAUUUGCUUCCAAAGCAUUCUGUGUGCGUAAAUCACAGCCUGACAUAAGGUCUCCAUCUCUGAUAUGUCCAGUUAGAUAUACUUAAUGGGCGCUUCUCUUUUUGUCCUACUGUGCUUUUUAAAAUGUGUUAACCCAAUGGUGAUAUGACCUUCAGUGUAUUUUCUAGUUUUAAGCAUUUUUGAAGUCAAGGGUUAUAUUUUUGCAGAUACUUUUUCCAAGACACAUAUUGAAUUUUGCCAAGUGUCACAUCGGAUUAUCAAUCUGAAAAUAGAGUAGCACCUUUUAACAUAAUAUGAUUUUAAGUUAUGCAGCAGGGUUUUAAAUUAUAAAUAACGUCUCUCUCUCCCCCCCCCCCCGGCAAAAGUGGGGAGUCCCUCAAUAUCUGCGGGGAAAUACCAGUUUGACAGAAUGGUAUAUUUGUUUGUGUGUAUGUGUACUGUUUAAACAUCCCUGGAUAGUCUUUCCAUGGUGUUGCAGAACAAGCUUACUUGUAGUAACACAACAAAAUGAUAGUUGUUAUGCUGUCCUUGUAGCUGGAAUCAUUAGCAUCAUCACUUGAGAACUGAAGGAAUAAACUAUAUUUUUAAACACUCCUGCCUAGAUUAUAUACUGUAUAUAUUACACUCUCCCAGAAAUUUCAGGAAUGCUUCUUAAAUAACUAAUUAAAAUGCUAGCUUUGAAAUGUCA